AUGGAGAAACGCAAUAGCUAUGGUAUCCCAACCGCAUUCUACCGCGGUGGAACCAGUAAGGCCCUCUUUUUUCAUGAAGAUGUCCUCCCUGCCCCGGGACCCGCGAGAGAUCGCUUGUUGAAACGAGUCAUGGGCUCUCCCGAUCCCCUCCAGCUGGAUGGUAUGGGUGGCUCCAAGGCCGUCACUUCAAAGAUUGCUAUCGUAAAGAAGUCCUCCCGGGAGAACAUUGAUGUCGACUAUACCUUUGCCCAAGUUGGAAUCGCAGACGACACCAUUUUUUACGGAGGCAAUUGCGGCAACAUUUCUGCGGCCGUGGGGCCAUUCGCCAUUGAAGAAGGCCUGGUCGAGUUCCGGCCCGGUGUCUCGCUUGACCCCCAGACCAGGUCGCAAGAGGUCCGCAUCUACAACACGGGAACGGAGAAGACAAUCGUAGCUCACGUCACUAUUGACGAGUCCGGCCUUUUUGUCUCCGACGGAACCCAGGAAAUUGCGGGCGUGCCGGGUCAAGGCUCGCCGAUCUUGAUGGAUUAUCGAUCGUCAACAGGAGCUACCCUAUCCAAAGGCAUUCUCCCCUCCGGAAAACCCACUGAUACAGUCAAAGUGGGAGGGCGAGACAUAGAGGUCAGCAUUUGCGACGUUGCGAACCCAUGUGUCUUUGUCAAUGCCAGUGACUUCGACAUCACCGGACACGAAAGUGCCGCCGAGUUGACCGCCAACAGUACAUGGAAGGCCAAUUGUCGGGAACUGCGAGGGAAAGUGGCGCAGCUACUUGGAUUAAUCGACGAUUGGGAAAAAUGGGACGCGAUUUCUCCAUUCGCACCGCUUCCCAUAUUUGUGACACCACCCCAAGAUCCGUCCAUUGGCCACAUUUCAGCCAGAUUGUUCCUGGAUAAGAUGUGUCAUGAGAGUAUGGCUGGGACUGGCGCCAUCUGUGCUGCUGCGUGUAGCCGUGUUCCUGGCACGGUGGUUAACAAAGUAAUCGGAGACGCCGCCGCGCUGGACAUUCUGAAUAUUAUCCAUCCUAUCGGGGUUAUGAGUGUGUAUGUCCAGACAGAGGCUACUCGGGACUCGGACGGGUUGCCGACAUUUCGCACACUCUCUUUCGUUCGAACGGCGCGGCGCAUCAUGGACGGGAAAGUAUACGUGCCCAAGUCCUUCGCUCCCCCUGAACCCGUCCGUGAAACACCCAAAACCGCCACUCCAGAAGCUACAAAAUUAUUGGCAGAGUUUGUAAAUCGAACAGGAUAUGAUGAUAUAGAUGAUUCAACCAAGAAAUACCUGAAGAAUCUUGUACUUGACUACAUUGGCGUCACCGCCGUCGCUACACGCGAAGCCGAGUCCACGGCACCGGUAUGUGAAGCCAUUUCAAGGCUUGAUAAAAAUGGAGGGAACUAUACUGUGAUUGGCAUGGGUCAAAAAUGGAGUGGCCAGUACGCUGCUCUAUUGAACGGGUUCCUUGGCCACUCUCUCGACUUUGAUGAUACGUACGCGGACGGGUUUCUCCACGCAGGCGUCACCACCAUUGCGGCUGGACUGACUGCUGCCGAACAUGCCGAUAUUAAAAGCGAGGUCUUUCUCGCCGCAUUGGCCGUGGGCUACGAAGUAACGUGCCGCAUCGGCAGAGUCCUUGGAGAGGCGGCCUACUCUCGGGGGUUUCACAACACGGCCACUGCGGGAAUCUUUGGGGCCGUUGCAACCCUUGCGAAAAUUAAAGGUCUUUCUUCAUCGGUGAUUGAGACGGCAUUCGGUCUGGCUGGGUCGAAAGCAGCUGGAUCAAUGCAGUAUCUCGAGAAUGGGUCUUGGAACAAGCGCUUGCAUCCGGGCUUUGCGAUCCACGACGCUUGGCUGUGCGUGGAACUGGCAGAAGCUGGGGUGGUCGGUGCAACAAAAAUUCUGGAAGGCAAAUUUGGGUUUUUUAAUGCAUAUUCACCGGCAAAAGUGGACUAUGCAAAGCUUCUUGAUGGGCUCGGCACUGAAUGGGCCUUUCUCAGUACAAUCUGGAAGCCAUUUCCAGCGUGUCGGAUGACCCACGGACUCAUCAUCAUGAUCGACGAUAUCCGAUCAAGGGCCGCGGGGAAGGAAGUCCGAUCCAUUACAGUCAACCUACCGACGUAUCAAGUGCAGAUAGUUGGCGCCCCGGCGCCAAACAAAGUGCAUCCGCAAAACAUUGUGGACGCUCAGUUCUCCGCAUACUAUCAGGUUGCCCUGGCAUGGCUUCAUGGCGGGUUUACAGGCUGGUCUGGGUACAAACGGCUACAUGAUGCCGAUAUUCACGCCUUGACGGAUCGAAUUACAGUCGUGCCCGAUCAGAAGCUAGGUCACUACGGCCAACGAGUCACCGUAGAGUUCUCAGAUGGUCUUGUCGAGACAAAGGAGAUAACCCGGGAUGAUGAAGCAGGCGGGUUUUCGCAUGAUAAUAUAGUAGCAAAAUACCUUGGGCUUGCGGCGUCUAUUUAUGGAGAGGAUCAGGCACAGCAAAUAAAGGAACUCGUCUACAACAUCGAGCAGCAUGAUGUGAGGGGGCUGAUGGCACUGCUCAAGUAG